GAAACCCUCCCAAUUGGAUCGACCCGACAGAACCAACGAACCAAUAAUAUGGAGUCGCAUCACCACAUGGGCAUCCGCGAGCUCAACGUGAGCAACUGGCACUCUCACAAUGCUCUAACCGACACCUUCAACCAUGCCGUUCCGGCCAUCAAGACAAGCGCAGCUUUCUUCACCUUUCUACGCGCCAACUUGGUCUUGAACCCCUCGGCCAUGUCGUCCAACACCAACACCCCCGUGCUUCAGCCCACCGGUGCUGCCCACAACAGCCACCGACCCGCGGCGCCAUCUCCAUUGGCAUCUUCUCACACGCUCGAACCUCUCGACGACAUUCCUCCGCUGUCGCUCGAGAUACUCUCCACCCGUGAGGACAAGGCCGAAGCGCUGCACCUCGUCGCCGACUCCAUUGCCCAGCAACGCCAACAGGCAGCCUACGCACUCGUCUUUCACCCCGUCCCCAUGGCGGGCCUUGCGCUGGCUCUCGGCGUCGCCUACCAGUACUCCUAUGGCCGUCAGCGCGACAUCGGCAUGGCGCUCACCCUUCUCAGCGGCGUCAUCAUGGCCUACCUCUUGGCCAUCCGCUGGGUGACAAGUGGCUACCUGCCCCUUGCUGAGCAGAUAUCAUGGUCCUUCAUCCGGCCCCACCCAGACGCCUCUCCCGGCGAGGAGGAUCUCGUGCUCGGCACCCGGUUCGGCUCCGAGAUCAUCGGCGCCCUCGUUUUGCAUCUCGAGCCGGCGAGCCCUCUGGCGGCGACGACCUUCAGCAGCAAGCGCCGGAACAAGGCCGGCAGCUUCCGCGGCGGCAAGGGAAUCAUCCGCGCCUGGACGACCAAGCUCCGCUACCGCGGCAAGGGCGUCGGCGCCGACAUGCUCGACGAGGCCGUCCGCAUCACCCGCGAGCGCUGUGGCAAGGACGCCGAGGUCGGAUUCGCCAUGGAGCACGCCAACAGUCAGAUGGUCCUGCCCGAGUUCUUCAACGGCACGUUCAGGAAGCGCGAGCGCUGGGCCGCCAAGACGCUGGACGCCGUGUUGGCCGAGCGGGAGAUGACCAAGAAGAAGAGGUGAAGCUUCUUCCUCUGUCUAGGAUGAUUCCUCGAAUCUGGCCUUUGGCCAGUAUGGUACAUGUUUUGAUUUUUCUAUGUUCCUUUUUGUGUUGCAGGUCUUGUCUGCGAAGCGGUUGCAAUGGCCAGACGGCCGCGGCGGCGGAUGGAACAGUUAUACCCCAGAACCUAUGUGGACAUGCCGGCUGGCGCUCCCCUCGCAGGGUCGUGUUUCUUGGUGGCUUCAUCCCUGAUUUCUUUUGAUCUGCACUUCAAACGAUACCCCUCGUUAUUACGGUUAUUGACGGUGUUUUGCUUAUUUAUUUAUCCAUUUGGCCAUAUGUAUAGAGCGGAGGAGUGAGGUAGACGGAACCCGGCGCUUCGUGCGCGAUAUUGUGCAUAUUCAAGAUACCACCGGAGACGCGGCAACAGGGAAUGUGGUCAAAGGUACCCCUUUCUCGGUUUGCCUAAUUGAAUCCCUCUGUUUUGGCGCAUCGGCUCGAUCCGUUUGCCCCUUU